AUGGUAACCUGAGCUAGCACUGUGUAUACUUGUAAUGGACAAUGAAACUACUAUCAAUUCAGAGGUAUGAAAUACUAGUCUUUAUUGUUUCCAGUAGAUAUUAUCUGAUAACGGCAAUUGUUUAAAUACAGUCCCAUUAAAACAUUACCAACAAGUUUCUUUCAGAAACAUUAAUUGUUUAUAUAUAACUAUAUCUAAUUAACAUUGAGUGGCAUUUUUCUAUCUCACCUAUUUUGGCCUGACAGUUAAUCAUAAUUCUCUGGUUAGUGAGUAAACCCCUUAAGUAACAAUGCGAUUUAUGGAAUAUCUUUUAUGGAAUUGCAAAGUAAAAAUUCAUAAUGACAUUUGAAAUUGCUUUCCGUACUGUAUAAAUAAAUACUACUUAUGCAUUUUUCAAAUGGUCUGUAAAGUUUGCCAUAUAAGAAGACAAUCAUUAAAGUUAGGAAAUUAUAUAUGACUAAUAAUGCACGUACGUACAUAAGGAUACACUUGGUAACAUUUGAAUUAAUUUCCUGGAUCCAGGAAUUGGCCAUGACUGAAAAUGAUGAAAUUGAUGGGAGUGUGCUAUCCAGAAUAAGAAGAAAGAGAGGUGUCAAAGUUACGGGCAAGUAUAUUCCACCACUAGAAUGGGAGAAAAAAGAUACAUCGCAUACUGCAAGUUUCUGUGAUCAGUCUAACUUUGAAAAAGUGUAUGAUGGUAUGGAAAAUUCCACAGAUUCUUCUUUUCAAACAAUUGACCGUAUGUCUACUAAACUGCUUCUCAAAGAAGAAAAACAAGGUUUUGCUCUCACAAAUAACAGAAGAGAGGACACAACUAAAAUGGAACAAGAGAAACAAAGAAAAGAUACCAAACAAGUGGAAUCUCCAGAGGCUGUUGGGUCCAAAAGUACCAAAGAUGUAUCUCAGGAAAAAAUAAAAGAUAAGAAAAUGGACACUAAACAUAGCACAGAAAGAGUCUCUGAAGAAUUGUUACCUCUUGGUUCUGCAAUACCUAAAGAGACACUGGAAGAACUAAAAAACUUUCUUAAGGAAAGUCCAUUAUUUAUUAGCAGGAACAAACACAAUCCUAAGCAAACCACACCUAUAGCUUUAACACCACUUCCAAAAACAAAGGAAAAUCUGGCUGACAGCUCAGGUUUAGCUUUUGAAACUUUUCGGCCAAAUAUGGAGAACAAUAACAAGCUACAACCUUUAAAUACACUAGAAAGAAAAGAGUCAAAUGAAGCUAAAACUGGUGAAAAAACAUCUGGAUCCGAGCAAUCACAAUUAGUAGAGGAAGCUGUUGAAGGUAAACAUUCAUUUCUGAAUGCUAAAUCAGGUACAACCAAUGGAAAAGAAGACGACCAAGGAUCAGUUGAUUUUGCUGGUAAGUACUACCUUCUUAGAUAUUGUCAUGUCAUAUUUUUAUGUUUGAAUAAACAUAGAAACAUAGAAUGUGACGCCAGAUAAGAACCAUUCGGCCCAUCUAGUCUGCCCAAUUUUCUAAAAACUUUCAUUAGUCCCUAGCCUUAUCUUAUAGUUAGGAUAGCCUUAUGCCUAUCCCACGCAUGCUUAAACUCCUUUACUGUGUUAACCUCUACCACUUCAGAUGGAAGGCUAUUCCAUGCAUCCACUACCCUCUCAGUAAAGUAAUACUUCCUGAUAUUAUUUUUAAACCUUUGUCCCUCUAAUUUAAGACUAUGUCCUCUUGUUGUGGUAGUUUUUCUUCUUUUAAAUAUAGUCUCCUCCUUUACUGUGUUGAUUCCCUUUAUAUAUUUAAAUGUUUCUAUCAUAUCCCCCCUGUCUCGUCUUUCCUCCAAGCUAUACAUGUUAAGAUCCUUUAACCUUUCCUGGUAAGUUUUAUCCCGCAAUCUAUGAACCAGUUUAGUAGCCCUUCUCUGAACCCUCUCUAAGGUAUCAAUAUCCUUCUGAAGAUACGGUCUCCAGUACUGUGUACAAUACUCCAAGUGAGGUCUUACCAGUGUUCUGUACAAUGGCAUGAGCACUUCCCUCUUUCUACUGCUAAUACCUCUCUCUAUACAACCAAGCAUUCUGCUAGCAUUUCCUGCUGCUCUAUUACAUUGUUUUCCUACCUUUAAGUCAUCAGAUAUAAUCACCCCUAUAUCCCUUUCCUCAUAUGUUGAGGUUAGGACUCUAUCAAAUAUUCUGUUCUCUGCCCUUGGGUUUUUGCGUCCAAGAUGCAUUAUCUUGCACUUAUCCACAUUAAAUGUCAGUUGCCACAAUUCUGACCAUUUUUCUAGUUUACCUAAAUCAUUUGUCAUUUGGCUUAUCCCUCCUGGAACAUCAACCCUGUUACAUAUUUUAGUAUCAUCAGCAAAAAGACAUACCUUACCAUCAAGACCUUCUGCAAUAUCACUAAUAAAAAUAUUAAAGAGAAUGGGUCCAAGUACAGAUCCCUGAGGUACCCCACUGGUGACAAGCCCAAGCUUUGAAUAUAUUCCAUUAACUACAACCCUCUGUUGCCUGUCACUCAGCCACUGCCUUACCCAUUCAACAAUAUUGGAAUCCAAACUUAAAGAUUGCAGUUUAUUGAUAAGCCUUCUAUGUGCAACAGUGUCAAAAGCCUUACUGAAAUCUAGGUAAGCAAUGUCUACUGCACCACCCUGAUCUAUAAUUUUAGUUACCCAAUCAAAAAAAUCAAUAAGAUUAGUUUGGCAAGAUCUCCCUGAAGUAAACCCAUGUUGUCUCUGAUCUUGAAAUCCAUGUGUUUUAGAUGUUCAUCAAUCCUAUCCUUUAACAUGGUUUCAUUCACUUUCCCCACUACUGAAGUAAGGCUUACUGGCCUAUAGUUGCCCGACUCCUCCCUAUUACCUUUCUUGUAAAUGGGCACAACAUUCGCUAACUUCCAAUAAAAAGAGUUACCUUUGCACGAGCCCAAAUCCCUAUGCUUAUUUAAAUACAAGUAGGUUAUUUAGUAACUCCAAUGGCCAUUAGAUGUAAGCCCACCUGCCACGUCAAUGCAAACCUCUUAGGUGGGUCCUACACUAACAAUUCACCUUGCUUCCUUGAGCUUCAGGCAAAGAAAACUCUAAUGAGGUUUUCUGAACCCCCACCUACUUAUUAACCCUUAAUAAGGAACACAGGGGAUGGGUGGCAGCAUUGUAACAUGCCUGUGUGAUACAAAAGUGAAUACAAAUACCCCAAGAUAGAUCCUGCGUUCAAACUCCCACUACUCCUGGGAGGCAGCACGACCAUAGCACACAUCAGCCCCAAAACAAGCAAAGAAAAAAACUGUUACCUGUGCACUAGCCUAACUACUAAAUGAAUGGAGGUUAUUUAGUAAGUCCAAUGGCCAUAAGAUGUAAGCUUACCUGCCACGUCAAGGCAAGCCUCUUAGGGGGGUCCUACACUAACAAUUCACCUUGCAUCCUUCAGGCAAAGACAUCUCUAAUGAGACAGCGAGGGAGGAGUAUUUUUCUGAACCUCUACAUACAUAUUAACCCUUAAUAGAUGGAUGGCAGCAUUGUAACAUGGCUGUGUGAUAUGAAAGUGAAUAUAAAUACAUAAAAAUAGGUCCUGCGCUCACACUCCCACUACUACGUGCUAUGGUUGUUCCUGCCGCCCAGAAGUAGUGGGAGUUUGAGUGAAGGACCUAUUUUUCUGUAUUUAUGUUUGUAUGUCUACCCCGGCAUUUAACAAUGACUAAAUAGUUUCAAUUUAGAUGACUCACUGUCAAAGACAAACUUAGAAAAAUUGUGAGAAUUCAAAGUGAAUUUCAAAUCUAAGGUGGGAGUAGCCAAACUGAAACCAUAGCAGCUCAGAGAAUUUCCAUCUUGGUAUUUUUGAACUUAAACAUAUAGUCACCAGAACUCCUACAGCUAAAUGAGAAAAGGCCAUUUUUACACUGCUGCCCAGGAACAUCUCUAGAGGCAGUCACUGAGACGGCUACUAGAAGGUUUUCCUGGGUCAAUGCUGCACAACAUUCUAUGAGGAGAUGCUGAUUGGCACAGUGUGGCGUUUUGCUCCGCAUACGUGAUAGCCUCCCAAUGCUUUCCUAUGGGAAACCAUUGGAUUAACUGAGAUCAUCAACUUUGAUGAUCUUAGCCAAUGAUGUGGAGCGUUGGAGGAGCCAGCCUGGAUGGACCCGCAAAGCACUGGAAGAAAGGUGAGCAAAAACACUUUUCACUUUGCUGACUGGGGCCCUAAAAUGUGUUUUCAUAACUAUAGUGACAGGAAUAAGUUUGUUGUCCUGUCACUAUAGUAUUCCUUUAAAUUUAUAAUUCACUUUGAAUUCCCAAUGACUCUGCAAGUAUUACCAGAUACACACACAUUUAAUUAAGCUAAGCUACAUUGUAUCAAAGGAACACAACAAACUUUCCGUAUAACAAUUGUAUUAAUGUAUCAAAAACAUGACAUUUUAUUUAUAGGUUUAAUGUCUCCUAAAGAGUAUAAGAUAAAAUACUAAAAGGAUACAUUCCUAAAAUGAGGACCCUAUUAGAUAUGCAUAAUUUACUCACAUGCCCAACGAUGCUGAACUAAGUAGCGUAGAGUUUGUCAAGUUCCAGUCAGCUAAUUAAUGUCACAUACCCCAUACACAUAUUGUUUCUCUACAGAGGGGUUUGGAUAAAUCAGUGAACUAUGUAGACAAGUGGCAGAUGAGAUUCAUUACAGAUAAGUUACUCUCACCCACUGGGCACUUAACAGGCUCCCAGCUUUCCUAAAGGGUGACUUACAGAGUGAAGAGAUUUCAGGCAGUAAAAUAACCAUAAAAAUCUGAUUUUAUAAAUAAUAAAUAGCCAUUAGCACAAAAAUUAUCUAACUCUCUUUAGCAGUGUGGAGUACACAACAUAAUUUCAGGCCAGAUCUGAUUCCAGGACUGUACAAUGAACAAAUUAAUUAUACUCAGACAGAAGUUUAUCAGAUUAUAGUUGAAUGACUACAGCUAUCAUUCAAAGGUCAGCAUUGUUCAUGUUAACAAAUUCUACAAUUUAUAAAAUAAAUUUAAAAAAAUGAUUUUUUGGACAAAUUUAAGAUGUCUUUGGCAUUAUCAUUUUCACACAGUUAUAUUUUAGCAGACAUGAGGACUUAGUAUUAAAUUGGUUCUGCAUGUUCUUGGUGGCAUAAAACAUGAUGUACGUUAAAUAUUUUCAUUUUUUUCCCCCCAAAUUAUUUCUGGAAACCCGAAACAUGCAAAAUUGUAAAUGCAGUGAUUUAUGUAUUUUAUGUUUGGAAGCAUUUACAUUUUAUGUAUCAUUAUAAACACAGUUAUAAAUGUGCAUUUAUUUAAGGGAAUAUUCAAAACUUACCUGUGUAUGUAAACAUUGCUGUUUUUAGAUAUGAUUAAGAGUUAAGCACACCUCUAGUAGCUGUCUUCCUGACAGCCACUAGAUGUGCUUUUGAUGCAUUGAUUAUGUGACAUUCAACCUCCAGAAGGACAUCAAAUGCAGCUCAAAUGGAAGUAUUGGAUUCAAUGCUUUCCAAUGAGAAGCAUUUGGUAGGAUGUACACAUGGGACUAGCCAUGCAUGUGCGACUCCUCCCCAGUUCCUCUAUAUGAAAAGCAUUGUAUUGGAUGCUCAUCAUGGAAGUAACGCUUCCAGGAUGAGAUUGCAGGAGGAAGAGUGGGUAGGGUAGAGAUGGAAAAAGGGAAAAUACAUCACCAGUGGAGACAACUACACCUAAGCUAAUCAACACCCAAGUUGGACUAAUAAACAACUCAAUGUUCGUCUGCCCAUUUCAGAACUCCACGGCAGGUGAGGAGAAAGCGAAACUUUAGGUAAAUUCAUCUUUUGUCUAUACACUGUAUAGAUUGCAAGGAUGGACAAAAAGGGCGAUUCCAAUCUAUCGUACAACUCCCACAAUGUUAUGUCAGCUGAGGAUCUACCAUUUGCCCAUCCUUGCAGGGUUGUACUUGGCAGUGAGCAGUGUUUGUAUAUUUGAAUGUAAGCUUGUUUUCAUAUGGAGUAUGUGUGUGAAUGUAUGGGUGUAUUUGUGUGUAGUGUUGUGUUGUGUGUUUUUAUGUACUGUUGCCAUUUGAAAGUAGUAGUUUACUUGUGUGUAGUGUUUGGUUUUGAAUGCAGGGUUGUGUGUCUGUAGUGUUGAAGUUUGAAUGCAGGGGUGUAUUUGUGUGUAGUGUUGAAGUUUAAAUGUUGAGAUGUGUACUCAUAUACAUAUACACUGCCACACACACACACACACACACACUGAUACACAUACACACAUAUAUACAGACACACAUGCAGAUACACAGAUACACAUGCAGAUACACACACUAACACACAUACAAAUACACACUAACACAUAUACAGAUAAACACGAACACACAUGCAGAUACACACACUGCCACACAUACAGAUACAAACACUGGCCCACAUACAGAUACACAGGUGCAGACAUGCAGAUACACAGACACACACUGACAUGCAUUCAGAUACACGGACAUACAGAUACACACACUGACACACAUGCAAAUACACAGACACACACUAACACAUAUACAAAUACAGACACACACUUACACACCUUAAAAUACAGACAUACACACUAACUAACACAUAUAGAGACACACAGAUACAGACUCAUACUGACACACAUGCAGAUACAGACACACAGUUACACACAAUCACACUCAUACAGAUACAAACACUGACACACAUACAGAUAUCACAGAUAGCACAGUAGAACACAUAUAAUAUACAGAGCUGAAGUCCAGUGACAGAUGGCUGUGUGUGAUGAGAGUUGGGUCAAUUCUCUCCAUCCCUGCUGCCAUGGAGUUCCGUCUCCUUCCUCUCUGGUCAUCUCCCCCGCGCGGCUCUUUGGUAAUCUGGGAGGAAGUGAUGUGUGCUCACUUCCUCCCAGCACUGUACCACGAAAGGGCCCUGUUGCGCUGCUAAAGGGCCGCGGCACCUGACUGGUUCCCCAAUCAAAGAUGCCCAUCAAGUGGCCCUAAGGUCACCUGAUGGGCCCUCUGAGCCGACGGGUCCUGGUGCAGCUGCACCGGCGGUAGUUUCGCCACUGCUGCACGUGAACCUGCAAUCAACAUGCGUUGUGUAUGACACAGUAAUUUUAUUUUAUUUUUUUACAUUAAUGUUCUACACUAAUGUAUAACAUUUUGGAGCAAAAACAUCAUACAUAAAAGUUAUACCUAGUAUAGGAAUAAUUGUUUACUACAAAAUUAUUUAACUUAUGGCUAUUGUCUUUCAGAAUGUAAGUAUUUCAGCGAGAAGGAUCUUAAUUCAUGUGACAGUGGAAUUCAAAACUCUCUUCAUUUGAUAACUCUUGUUGAAAAUGUUAAGCAACAGAUUGCUAGAGAAGAUAUACGCUUUGUAAGAUUUGAAGCUGCUGACCUUCAUGGAGUGUCAAGGUCAAAGAUAAUUCCUUCACGUCUUUUCCAUGUAAGUGUAAACAUGCUAUCCUAGUUAUAGAUAUGAACCCCUUAACACCGUUACGGCGUUCUAUGCCGUCACGGCUUUAAAGGGCUUUAAAGCUGUUGCGGCGGCAUAGAAUGCCGUAACGGCUUAAGCCCAGGGGAGGUAAGAUUUACUUAUCUCCGCCGCGAUCCUCUUCUGGAGGGCUGCCUGACAGCCCAGACAGCCCACCCCUGGCAAAUUAGGCCCCCAGGUGCCAUGUGAUCGCUCUCAAAGACCUUCAUGGAGUGUCAAGGUCAAAGAGCGAUCACAUGGCGCCCUAUAGCUGGCUGUGGAUCUGCCAGCAGGGGGACUGUCUGAAAAAUCAGACAGUCCCCCUGCUGGUGGGAAAGUAUUUUUAUAUAUAUAAUAUUAUAUACAUGUAAGGUCAUACAAAGUGUAUUUUAAUACUAAUAUUAGUAUAAAUAUUAAUAUUAAAAUACACUUAGAAUGACGUUACAUAUAUAUAUAAUAUAUAUAUAUUAUAUAUAUAUAAUAGAUAUAUACACAUAUUAUAUAUAUAUAUAUAUAUAUAUAUAUAUAUAUAUACGUAUAAUUACAAUAAUAAAUAAAUAAAAAUAAUAAAAUAAAUAAAUAAAAUAUUGAAACAAAAUUUAAUAUAAAUUAUAUAUUCAUAUGUAAUUUCAUUCUAACUGUAUUUUGUUUUGUUAUUAAUAUAUAUAUAUAUAUUGGUAACAAAAUACACUUAGAAUGACAUUCUAUAUAUAUAUAUAUCUAUAUAUAUAUAUAUAUAUAUAUAUAUUUUUAUAUAUAUAUAUAUAUAUAUAUAUAUAUAUAUAUAUAUAUGUAUAUCUCUAUCUAUAUCUAUAUAUAAAAUACAAAUAACCGCAGAUAUAUAUAUAUAUAUAUAUAUAUAUAUAUAAAUAAAUACAUAUAAUUACAUAAAAGAUUACAUUAGUAUACACGUAGAAUUUAAAUACCUAUAAAUGCAUAUAUAUUAAAACUCUACGUGUAUAUUUAAGUAAUCUUUUAACAUAAUUAUGUGAUUUGAUUAAUUAAAAUUUGAUUGACAUGCCUGACAACACAGGGAGAAAGUGCAGAGAAUUUAAUUUGCAAGCACUAUAUUUGACCCUGUAACUCUCCAAGACACCAUAAAACCUGUACAUAGGGGGUACUGUUUUACUCGGGAGACUUCGCUGAACUCAAAUAUUAGUGUUUAAAACUGGUAAAUUGUAUUACAAUGAUGAUAUUUUAAGUAAAAGUUAAGUUUUUUUCAUUUUUUACAAACGAACUGCACUUUUAUGAACUAUAUUAUUGUUGUAAUAUGUUUUACUGUUUUAAAACACUAAUAUUUGUGUUUAGUGACGUCUCCCGAGAAUAACAGUAACCCCCAGGCACAGGUUUUAUGGUGUUUUGGAAUGUUAGAGAGUCACAUAUAAGACUUGCAUUUCAUUUUUUUGACAUUGAAAUUUUCCAGAUUGGUUAUGUUGCCUUUGAGAGCGUAUGGUAGCCCAGGAAUGAGAAUUACCCCCAUGAUGGCAUAUCAUUUGCAAAAGUAGAGGUAUUGCAAGUGGGGUAUGUCCAGUCUUUCUUAGUAGCCACUUAGUCACAAACACUGGCCAAAUAUUAGUUUUUUGCUUUUUUCACACAAAAAUAAAUAUGAACGCUAACUUUGGCCAGUGUUUGUGACUAAGUGGCUACUAAAAGAAACUAAACAUACCCCACUUUCAAUACCUUGGCUUGUCUACAUUUUCAAAUGGUAUGUCAUUAUGGGGGUAAUUCUCAUUCCUGGGCUACCACACCGUCUCAAAGGUAACAUUACUAAUCUGGCAAAUUUCAGUUUGAAAAUGGAACGUUCUAUAUUUGACCCUGUAACUUUCCAAAAAACCAUAAAACCUGUUAAUGGGGGGUACUGUUGUACUCGUGAGACAUCGCUGAUUACAAAUAUGUGCAUUUUUUCUGCAGUAAAGCCUAACAGUAUUAUGACAUUCACAGCUAAAAUGUGAGGCGGAACUACAAAUUUUUAAAAAAAUUUAUACUUUCUCACAGUUUUUUUAAUUUUAUUCAUAAUAAAUUAUGUUUCAUAGCUAAAUGUUUGAUGUGAAAUGAAAGGCCUGUUUCUCCUGAACAAAAUGAUAUAUUAUAAGUGUGGGUGUAUUUAAUAUGAAAGAGGUGAAUAACGGUUGAACAGACAUAUAGCGCAAAUUCCAGUUUUUGUUUAUGUUUUGUUUUGAUCAGAACGUGUACUAUUGACUCCGUCCUGAAGGGGUUAAAGGAACACUAACUUGUUAGGAAUGCAAACCUGUAUAGGAAAACAAACCUGUAAAUGCUAUAGUGCCUCUGUCACUAGUCAUAUACAGGCACCCCCUCACCACCAUGUGCAAUAAUUGAAGAUGGCCUUCUGAUGGACCAAUCCAUUGCUCCUGAUAGAGGCGCAUUGGGCACCUGAUGUGUGUCAUAGCAUUCAUUGUAUUCAAUGUUUUCCUACGAGCUUCCGUGUCAUGUGUUUGGGUUUUAUUUUGUCAGUGAAGUUGACUCUCAUCCAGUGGCUGUAAGGAAGACAGCCACUAGAGGUGGAUUUAACACUACAUUGUAAACAUUGCAUUUUAGGAAAACCCAUUGCAGAGUUAAAAGGACAAGACCACUGCAUCCACUUCAUUGAGAUGAAGUGGUCUGAGUGACUUUAGUGUCCCUUUCAGAAAAGUGCUAAAAACAGAUAUUGGACAAAUGAUAAGGCAAAUAUUUUUGUACACUUUUUUAAUGUACUUUUUUAUGCACCUCUAAUGCAAUUUUUUAACAAGCGUUGUAGUAUUUAUUAUUUUUAGAAAUUCUUGCCCAGUGUAUUCUCUCCAUUGGCAGGGGUGGUGCCAUGUAAAAGGGGCACUCUAUCUACACUAUACAAUAUUCUAAUAACAUAUUGUUAAAUUUGAGUCUGAAAUUUUCUCUUUUGAUGAUUAACCUCAUAACACGUUCCAUACCGUCCUGCAUUUAAUGGGUUUUAAAGCCUUUGUAGUGGCAUGGAAUGCCUAAUGGCUUUCAGCUCCAGAGCCUGCAAGACACUUACCUCCACCACAAUCAGCUCAGGAGGAUUGCCUGAUAUCCCAAACAUUCCCUCCCCUGCUGAAUCAGGCGCCUGUGGGCCAUGUAAUCGCUCUCACAGUCCCCCAUCAACUAAGCAGUGCAUUACAAAAUUAAAAUCAGUACUCCUAAAUAUUAUAUAUGUAUAUAUUUAUAUAUAUAAAUAUUUAUAAAAGAUAUAUAUGCAUAUAUAUAUAUAUUAAUAAUAUAAGAGUACACUUUCAAUGAAAGUACAUAUAUAUAUAAAUAUGUGUAUAUAUAUAUAUAUAUAUAUAUAUAUAUACACACACAUAUAUACUGUAUAUAAAUGAAUAAAAAAUGCAAAAUAUAUAAAUACAAAAAAUACAUGCAUUUAUAUAAAUAAAUUAUAUUAAAUAUAUACAGUGAGGGAAAAAAGUAUUUGAUUCCUUGCUGAUUUUCAACGUUUGCACACUGACAAAAUAAAUGAUUAGUCUAUAAUUUUAAUGGUAGGCGUAUUUUAACAGUGAGAGACAGAAUAACAACAACAAAAAAUCCAGAAAAACGCAUGUCCAAAAAGGUAUAAAUUGGUUUGCAUGCCAAUAAGUGAAAUAAGUAUUUGAUCCCCUAUCAAUCAGCAAGAUUUCUGGCUCCCAGGUGUCUUUUAUACAGGUAACGAGCCGAGAUUAGGAGCACUCUCUUAAAGGAAGUGCCCCUAAUCUCAUUUUGUUACCUGUAUAAAAGACAUCUGUCCACAGAAGCAAUCAAUCAGAUUCCAAUCUCUCCACCAUGGCCAAGACCAAAGAGCUGUCCAAGGAUGUCAGGGACAAGAUUGUAGACCUACACAAGGCUGGAAUAGGCUACAAGGCCAUCACCAAGAAGCUUGGUUAGAAGGUGACAACAGUUGGUGGGUUUAUUCGCAAAUGAAAGAAACACAAAAUAACUGUCAGUCUCCCUUGGUCUGGUGCUCCAAGCAAGAUUUCACCUCAUGAAGUUUCAGUUGAUCAUGAGGAAUCAAUGGUGAGGAAUCAGCCCAGAACUACAUGGGAGGAUCUUGUUAAUGAUCUCAAGGCAGCUGAGACCAUUGUCACCAAGAAAACAAUUGGUAACACACUAUGCUGUGAAGGACUGAAGUCCUGCAGCACCCGCAAGGUCCUCCUGCUAAAAAAAACACAUGUACAGGCCAAAGAACAUCUGAAUUAUUCAGAGGAGAACUGAGUGAAAGUGUUGUGGUCAGAUGAGACCAAAUUCGAACUCUUUGGCAUUAACUCAACUCGCUGUGUUUGAAGGCAGAGGAAUGCUGCCUAUGACCCCAAGAAGACCAUCCCCACUGUCAAACAUGGAUGUGGAAACAUUAUGCUUUGGGGGGUUCUGCUACGGGGACAGGACAACUGCACUGCAUCAAAGGGACCAUGUACCAUCAAAUCUUGGGUGAGAACCUCCUUCUCUCAGCCAGGGCAUUGAAAAUGGGUCGUGGGUGGGUAUUCCAGCAUGACAAUGACCCAAAACACAUGAGAUGUGUGCAAACCUAGUGGCCAAAUACAAGAAACGUCUGAUCUCGGUUAUUGCCAACAAAGGUUUUGCCACCAAGUACUAAGUUGAAGUGGUCAAAUACUUAUUUCACUCAUUGACAUGCAAAUAAAUUUUAUAAUUUUUUUGACAUGUGUUUUUCUGGAUUUUUUUUGUUAGUCUGUCUCUCAUUGUUAAAAUACACCUACCAUUAAAAUUAUAGACUGAUCCUUUCUUUGUCAGUGGGUAAACAUUUAGAAUCAACAGGGGAUCAAAUACUUUUUCCCCUCACUGUAUAUUUAUAUAUGUAAUUUUAUUCUAACUGUUUUUUUAGAUUCAUAUAUAUAUAUAUAUAUAUAUAUAUAUAUAUUCCUAUCAAAACACACAUAGCAUUACAUUAUAUAUAUUAUUCAUAUAUAUGUAAAAAUAAAUAAAAAUUAUUUAAAAUUAUUUAUAUAUAUAUAUAUAUAUACAGGGAGUGCAGAAUUAUUAGGCAAGUUGUAUUUUUGAGGAUUAAUUUUAUUAUUGAACAACAACCAUGUUCUCAAUGAACCCAAAAAACUCAUUAAUAUCAAAGCUGAAUAUUUUUGGAAGUAGUUUUUAGUUUGUUUUUAGUUAUAGCUAUGUUAGGGGGAUAUCUGUGUGUGCAGGUGACUAUUACUGUGCAUAAUUAUUAGGCAACUUAACAAAAAACAAAUAUAUACCCAUUUCAAUUAUUUAUUAUUACCAGUGAAACCAAUAUAACAUCUCAACAUUCACAAAUAUGCAUUUCUGACAUUCAAAAACAAAACAAAAACAAAUCAGUGACCAGUAUAGCCACCUUUCUUUGCAAGGACACUCAAAAGCCUGCCAUCCAUGGAUUCUGUCAGUGUUUUGAUCUGUUCACCAUCAACAUUGCGUGCAGCAGCAACCACAGCCUCCCAGACACUGUUCAGAGAGGUGUACUGUUUUCCCUCCUUGUAAAUCUCACAUUUGAUGAUGGACCACAGGUUCUCAAUGGGGUUCAGAUCAGGUGAACAAGGAGGCCAUGUCAUUAGAUUUUCUUCUUUUAUACCCUUUCUUGCCAGCCACGCUGUGGAGUACUUGGACGCGUGUGAUGGAGCAUUGUCCUGCAUGAAAAUCAUGUUUUUCUUGAAGGAUGCAGACUUCUUCCUGUACCACUGCUUGAAGAAGGUGUCUUCCAGGAACUGGCAGUAGGACUGGGAGUUGAGCUUGACUCCAUCCUCAACCCGAAAAGGCCCCACAAGCUCAUCUUUGAUGAUACCAGCCCAAACCAGUACUCCACCUCCACCUUGCUGGCGUCUGAGUCGGACUGGAGCUCUCUGCCCUUUACCAAUCCAGCCACGGGCCCAUCCAUCUGGCCCAUCAAGACUCACUCUCAUUUCAUCAGUCCAUAAAACCUUAGAAAAAUCAUUCUUGAGAUAUUUCUUGGCCCAGUCUUGACGUUUCAGCUUGUGUGUCUUGUUCAGUGGUGGUCGCCUUUCAGCCUUUCUUACCUUGGCCAUGUCUCUGAGUAUUGCACACCUUGUGCUUUUGGGCACUCCAGUGAUGUUGCAGCUCUGAAAUAUGGCCAAACUGGUGGCAAGUGGCAUCGUGGCAGCUGCACGCUUGACUUUUCUCAGUUCAUGGGCAGUUAUUUUGCGCUUGGUUUUUCCACACGCUUCUUGCGACCCUGUUGACUAUUUUGAAUGAAACGCUUGAUUGUUCGAUGAUCACGCUUCAGAAGCUUUGCAAUUUUAAGAGUGCUGCAUCCCUCUGCAAGAUAUCUCACUAUUUUUGACUUUUCUGAGCCUGUCAAGUCCUUCUUUUGACCCAUUUUGCCAAAGGAAAGGAAGUUGCCUAAUAAUUAUGCACACCUGAAAUAGGGUGUUGAUGUCAUUAGACCACACACCUUCUCAUUACAGAGAUGCACAUCACCUAAUAUGCUUAAUUGGUAGUAGGCUUUCGAGCCUAUACAGCUUGGAGUAAGACAACAUGCAUAAAGAGGAUGAUGUGGUCAAAAUACUCAUUUGCCUAAUAAUUCUGCACUCCCUGUAUAUAUAUAUAUAUAUAUAUAUAUAUAUAUAUGUGUAUAUAUAUGUGUAUAUAUAUAUAUAUAUAUAUAUAUAUAUAUAUAUAGACACAAUUCCAACUGCUUGGAACACAAUUCCUUAAUUGUGUUCCAAGCAGUUGUAUACUGCAAACACAGAUUAAAAGGAAUCCAUGUUAAAAAUGGAAUGAGGCAAAAAUGUGAUUUUUUGUUAAACUAAUUUGCAUAUGCCCACCCAGAAUCCUUUGCGGUUGUAACAUCACUGCAUGUUUGGGAUUUCUGUGGGAAAGGCAAGUCUUAUGGCUUGACUGGUGUGCAGAUUUUUGUUUAACAUUGCAUUAACUAUCCACAGACUUCAGGUGGAAGGGGUUUUCAAUCACAAUUUUUCCCCACCAUAACUUAUUUGGAUUUUGCUUCCCAAGCACUACCAAGACUCAAUAAGCAAACCAGUAACCAACCUCAUCCUGAUGAGUUGCAUUAACAACGAAACAGCUGUCCAUGAGUGGUUCACUGGUUUUGCAUCUUUUCCUAAAUUGUGUUCCAAGCAAUUGUAUACUGCAAACACAGAUUAAAAGGAAUCCAUGUUUAAAAUGGAAUGAGGCAAAAAUGUGAUUCUUUGUUAAACUAAUUUGCAUAUGCCCACCCAGAAUCCUUUGCGGUUGUAACAUCACUGCCGAUUAGGUAUUUCUGUGGGAAAAGCAAUUCUUAUGGCUUGACUGGUGUGCACAUUUUUGUUUAACAUUGUAUUAACUAUCAACAGACUUCAGGUGGAAGGGGUUUUCAAUCACAAUUUUUCCCCACCAUAACCUAUUUAUAUAUACAGUAUGUAUAAUGACAUAAAUAUACACGUAGACUUUAAAUAUAUAAUUAUGUAUAUUUAGAUUCUAAAUGUAUAUUUAUGUAAUCUUUUUACAUAAUUAUUUGAUUUUACGAAUUACAAUUUGAGGGACCUGUCUGACAACCCAGGCAGAAAGAGAAUUUAAUUUGAAAGCCCUAUAUUUAAUCCUGUAACGUUCCACAAAACCAUAAAACCUGUACGUGAGAUGUACUGUUUUACUCGUGAGACAUUACUGAACACAAAUUUGAGAGUUUUAGAGCACUAGAACAUAUAAUGCUAAUGCUAUCAUCAGUGAAAGGGCAGUUUAUUUGUGAAAAAUUCAAAAAAAUAUGAUCGCUAACUUUGGCCAGUGUUUGUGACUAAGUGGCCACUAGGAAAGACUGGACAAACCCCAUUUUGAAUACCUUGUGUUGUCUACUUUUCCAAAUGCUGUGCCAUAAUAGGGGACAUUUUCAUGACUGGACUGCCAUACGUUCUCAAACGCAACAUAACCAAUAAAGUAAAAUUCAAUGUGCAAAAACUGGAAAGGGAAAUGUGCUAUAUUUGACCCUGUAACUUUCCAAAACUCCAUAAAACCUGUACAUGGGGGUUACUCUUGUGCUCGUGAGACAUAGCUAAAUACAAAUAUGUGUAUUUUAUUGCAGUAAAAGCUAACCGUAUUAUGACAUUCACAGUUAAAAUGCCAUGCGGAACAUAGAAAAUAACAACAUUUCUUAAUUUAUCCCACAUUUUUAGUUUUUAUUCCCAUGAAAUUAUGUUUCAUAUAUAAAUAUUUGAUGUGAAAUGAAAUCCCUGUUUCUUCUGAACAAAAUGAUACAGUGGUACCUCGGUUUACAAACGCCUCAGUUAACAUAAUUUUCGGUUAACAAAUGAAAAUCUAUUGAAAAUAAAGCCUUGGUUUACCAAUUUUCUUCGCAAUAAAAAGCAAGUUUCCCCAGGAUGCAUUGCAUCUGGGAGGUUUAUAGCGCUGCCCCCAUGCAUGCUGGAGUCUGAGGGUAGCAUGAGGUGUUGGAGGUGUUGGAGCAGUUUUUGCAGUGGGUUUUGGAGCAAUUCUGGAAUUCUUUUGCAGUGGUUUUGGGACUUUUUGGAACUUUUUUGGUGCAUUUCUCAAACGGUGGAAAGGUAGGGAGCUGAGCUUUGUCGUUUGCAUGCCUUUUGUGUGUUCUGCAUUGUGGGUUGGUUUCCAUGCCAGCUCAUUUUGACUUUUUUCUGACCUCCGGAGAAUGCUUUUCAAUGCAUUCUUUUGGGAAACCGUGUUUUGAAUAACAAAUUUUUUGCAAUAAGAAAUGUCCCGGAGAAUGCAUUAAAUUCGUAAACUAAGGUACCACUGUAUAAUAAGUGUGGGUGCACUUAAUAUGAAAGAGGUGAAUUAUAGUUGAACAGACAUAAACUCAAAUAUCAGGGAUUGUCUUGAUUUUGUUUUGAUCAGAACUUGUACAAUUCCCUUUGUCCUUAAGGUGUUAAGUAAGUUUAGUGACAAUAUUUACAAAAUUAUCAAGAUUGGAGAUGCAAGUGAUCUCUCAAAAAUAAUUUUCAAACAGACAGUUUAUACAGUUUGUUACAACUGACGUUGAUCGUCCCCAUGCAAUAUCAGAAAAGUGAGUGUGUACGUGUAUUAGGUAAAGUCUUUAAGUUAGAGGUUGCUAAUUAACAAGUUAGGUAUACGUAUCUAAAUUAAGCAUCUUGAAACUAGGAAUUCCCAACUCUAACCAGGUAAAGUCAUGCAACAGGACAGGUGGCCUUUGUUUUGGACAUAAAACCAGAACAGAAUUCCCUAUAGCCAAAUACAUAAUGAACAAGUGCAUGAGAGAAACAAAGAUAACCUGCAUGUAUUUCACAAUUCUACCAUACCCUAAGGCCUUCUAUAUACACUCACAACCCAUCCUCAAGAACACAUCUCUGGAAUGCAGUAAGCUUGGUUUCUUUUGGAACAGUUUAAAAGAUCAUGUAAGCAUAAUAUGGUGAAAUUCAAAAUAAGAUGGAGUCAAAUAAGAAGCAAUAUUGCACUCACAAUAUGAAAUACAUAUAAAAAAAAAUGGACAUGAAUGUAUGUAUGUUUGGUGCUCAUUGACUUGUUAAAUCAUUAGAUGAUAAUUUCCCAAGUUGAAAAUUUGGCAGCACACAAUGCUCAAUAAAUAACCAAGAAAAUGUAUAUUUUAAAAGGAUAUUACAAACUGUAAUAUAGAAAUUGUUAUAUACAUAUAUGCUUUGAUUAACUGAAAAUCUAUUAAUUGUGUUAUCAAGAAAACAAAUAUACCAUGUAAAAUGGUAGUGUAAUAUAACAUAUUACUAAUUUACAAGGCAGACUAAUACAUCAACUACACAAAUAAUGUAAUUCUUAUAUUUCCUACCAGGAUGAUUUUGAAAUAUUAGUGACUAUACUUUAUGGGUUACAGACAGUAAAUUAUGUACUUAGGUUUAUUAACACUCAAUAAAUAGAAAAUCCAACAAAAUGUCUUAUCUAACCUUUAUAGUACUUUAUUACAAAAUAAUAUGAGUCACUAUGUAUAACAAAUUUACAGACUUCACUUCUUGAACUGACCUUGAAAUACCUCCUGAUGCUGAUUAGAUGUUAAAUAAUGCUGUAUGACAGCUGACUUGUUAAAGAGUGCUGUCAGAAAACACGUUCCGUGAAAUAAAUGGGAUUGUUGGUGACAAUGCAUGAACACCUCUCUAACAUUUGGGGGAAAUAUGUUAUAGCAUUAUCAAUGGCAGAGGGUAGAAACACCCACAUGUGAUGUCCAUAAUAUUGGGUGUGGGCAGCUUCAGUAGUCUGGAGGAUAAAGGACCUAAUGGACUAUAAUUUAACUACAUUCAUGCAGAGAAAAUGUAAGAAAAGCAGUUCCAACAUACCACCACCCCAAUGUGCAUGGGGUAUGAACAUAGAAGAAUUCAUCUAGAAGAGUGCUUUAAUGAUGAAUGCACAUUGUGGGUAAUGUCUUCUUACGUUUCAGAAACUGCCUCGUACUACAAAAAAUAUUCGCAAAUAAGAUCAAAAUACUGAUACACUGUGGUGUCUACUAUUUUAAAAAUCUUUUUAUAAUGGCUUAUUUAGUACUCCAGAGUUUAGAAUAUUUGUUGCAACCCAACUGUAAUUGAUGCUUCUCCAAAUCAUUAUUCCUGACUAAGGCCUUGAUUUAAUUUGUUUGGAUCAAUGUCAUAAAUGAUCACAAUAUGUUAAAAAAAUGAUGAUGAUGAUGAUGAUAAUGAUUUAUCUGUAAAAUUCCCAUAGACUUUAAUGGUGACUUCUGUAGAUAAAUCAUUUGAAAUGUUAUUCUAACAGAUUUAAGAUAAUUUAUGAAGCUGAUCCAAACAAAUGAAACUGAGGCCUAAUUUUGAAACCCACAAGUCUUCACGAUUUCUUCCAGAAACAGUUGCAUUUAUUUUGAGAUUGUUUGAUACUUUAACCACACAGAUGGCCCUAAUUCAAUUAUUAUGCCACUUCUGAAUGUAAUUGGUUGUUUAUAAAUUGUAGGGGCUUCAUAACAACAAGGGUAAUACUAUGCAAGCAAUAUUUGUUUUGUCCAUGUUUAACUAACUUUUAAUAAAUAUAUUUUGCACUUAAAUGUGUUAGGAAUAUUGUGUAAAGCAAACUGAAAACAAUUCAAUAAAAUCUAUCUUAAUUCCAUUUUGUAACGCUACAAAACAUGGAAACGCCAUCAUUUAUGUAAAACAUUUGUAUAUAGGUAGAAUUACAUAUACAUGCAGACAGACACAAGGUCAGGUAGAUAGAUUAGUAGCUUGACUUACAGUUUGACACAUGAAUAUAGAGAUAGAUUGUUCGAUUAUGAAGACUUGCUUUUUCACAAAUAUGUAUACACAUAUAAAUAUAUAGCUCAGCAACUCUCUCUAAACCAUGUUUUAUCCUUCCCAAUACAGGAAAAAACAGUGAAUGGCAUCUACAUGCCAAGAGGUCAUCUUGAAUUAAUUAAGAAUCCAAGAGAUGUUGAAAUGGACAACAUAAAUGCAGGACAGUCUAACAGUGAUAUUAGGCUGAAACCAGAUCUAACAACUUUCAGAAUCCUACCCUGGUUAGAAAAAACUGGCAGGGUAAUCUGUGAUACUUAUACAAUUUCAGGAAAUCCUCUUUUAACCUCACCAAGGUAUCUAGCUAAACAAAUGCUUAAUCAGCUGCAAGAAAGUGGAUUUUCUCUGCAUUCUGCUUUCACUUACGAGUUUUGUGCUUUUGGUGUUGCUGAUAUUAUAAAUUCCAAGUCAAUAGCUUUUCCUGCUGCAACCUUGCUAACCGAUCAUGACCAAUUAUUCAUGCAAGAACUUUUUGAUGGAAUGUAUUAUACAGGGGGGAGCAUAGAGAGCUUUUCAUCUUCCAGCGGGCCUGGACAAAUGGAGAUUUCCUUUCAACCUGAGUAUGGUUUGACAUGUGCUGACAAUGCAUUCACUUUUAGGACUGGCUUAAAAGAAAUAGCUAAGAAACAUGGCUAUAUAGCAAGCUUCCACGCUGACACUGAAGGGUUCUAUAAUUCUGGGCUUCUAUCACAUUGUCUGUGGAAUGCAAAUGGAACUAAAAACUUAUUUUCCAGUGACUGUCAAACUGAAGAUCUUACGGAGAUUGGCAAAAAAUGGUUAUCUGGUCUGCUUACUCAUGCCGCUGCCAUAAGCUGCUUAGUUGCACCUGGAGUUAGCAGACGUAAACAUUUUUCUAAAGAUGUGAAGGAUUCCCAAGACCGUAUCUGUGCUACUUGGGGAUCAAACGAUAAUAGAUGUGUAUACAAUAUUAAAUGUCAUGGCUCCAAGGGCACAUACAUAGAAAACAAGUUAGGUUCAGCCACAGCAAAUCCAUAUUUAGUACUUGCUGCCACUAUUGCUGCAGGUUUGGAUGGAAUAAAGAGGAAUCUUAACUUUUUUAAUGGUGCAAAUAGCAACUGUAAUCUAGAUAAGUUGUCUACUGUACCACUGAAACUAGAAGAUGCCCUUUCCUCAUUGGAAGAAGACACAUAUAUAACUGCAGCCUUGGGAGAGACAUUCAUAAGAUAUUUUGUUACAGUGAAACAAUAUGAGUUAGAAACAGAAGAACUAGAUUCAGAGAGAAAUACAUUUCUAGAAUACUUUAUCUAGAACCAAAACAUAUUAAAAUUGUUUAGUGAUGUUAAAUUUGUUCACAAAGAUCUUAGAAAUACAGUUGCAAUCUCAGAUUUUCAGAAAGUUUGCUUUCUUUUCUUAUGGCAAUGCAUAAUUGUGACGGCAAAUAUAUUUUCUAUAUUACAAUGUGUCAUUUGAAUUUCACUUCUUAAAGCAAGUUCCAUUGUUUCUAUUGUUUUAAGAAGAUGGUAUGAAAAAGAAAGGAAAAAUACGUAUAUAGAAGAACAUAUAAUAUACAAAUUAAACAUACUCCUAAAUUAUGCAUAUUUUCAGGUUUUUGAAAAUGAUUAUGCAGUAAAUUAAAUAUAUUUUAGCAAAACAUUGGGGGCAAUUCAUUCCUGAAGAGGCACAUAGACAAAAAAAAUUAAAAAGGGGGGCGGAGUCUGAAUAGCAUGGAGGACAGACAUGCUUUAGCAGAGCUCCUCUGAAAACAGGGUGAUUGGUGGCACUUCUAGCCCAACUAAACCUAAACUUGGCGACAGAACUCAACUUACCUGACCCACGAUUGGGCAGGGAUCCGACACAGUGGACUGUGCCCUCCUGACGCCUGCUGGCUACACUCCUCACAGCAUGAGGCCUAGCGUGUGUCGGGCGGGAGAGGCAGCCGAUCUCCCGGUCUGGCACUGCGUGAUGCCGACUCACGACAGGCAAGAGCCUUGUUACCCCCCCCCAGACCUACGGGGGUGAUCGUGGUCCACCCAAGGGAGGCAAACCUGUAAUAGAGGGAGCACAAGGCGAAGCACCACCAAAACACCUUCGACCCAGUGCAGCACCCAUCAUGGCAGACGCCACGUGUCGCCCCGACCCUACUGACUCAAAGCAUGGAGUCCUACAAAAGCUGGACGCACUAAUUGCCAGUUACUGUCGCAAGCUGGAAAGCAGGACACAGCCACUUGUCUCGCGGCAGCCAAGCAGGUGGUACCCAAGAAGCAGCCUUCAACCUGGCAGAACGCCCCACAGAUCCUGCACACAGGACAGGCCUCAUUAUGACAGCAGACCAAGCUGCACACUCGACCCCAGCACAGGAGGGUAAAAACCUAAAUGAGACGAAGAUGCAAGGCGCACCAGAGCAGCAUAAAUCGACUGGCUCAUUCACACCACCUGACAUUGCCUGGGUCCAGAGGGCUGCGAAAUCCUACUCCACAACGGCUCCGGACUUGACAAGCUGCCCCUUCUACUGACACUUGGGCACAGAGAUCUGCACUACUUUGCCGUGAUACAGAAAUACAGGAAAUACAUUAGCGGCAUGCAAUACCAGCCUUUGAUACUAUGUCAGGGAUGCCCAUCAGCACACUCCUGGAUCUUCCCUAACAUGGGAAUCGUCUGACUGGUGACUUUCUGAUAUUUAAGCUUCAAAAGUUUUAAAUUGCCACCAUUAGAUCUGUUUUACACCAAUUUUCAUUUUUAUGCCAUGCUCUUGUGGUUUUUUUUAAAGCUCUCAUUGUGCAAGGAGCAGUAGUGAGGUGAAACCUUUAGCUGUGUUAGUAACCGUCAUCGAGUAGACCUAGCCCGUUCUCCAUCUCAUAUACUAUAUAAUGCACAGUUCUCCAUGCCUAAAGUGUUUCAUGCAUAUUGGAAUUGUUUCUUUCCUGAAUGUAGACAUAGAUACUUAACUAAAACAUCGUCAUUAUGCAUGGCUUAGCCACUAUGCAGUAUAAUAAUACCAUGUAGUUUCAAGCAGAGGCGAGUCAGGUUUGCUGAUUGUUUUCUUAAGGUUUCCAUAAAAACGUGUAAAUUACCCAGCUGCCAAGCAAAUGUACCUUUAGGCCCGCUGUCUAUUAUAUGGAAGUUAACCCCCUUCGCUGCCAUUACUGAACCCUACAUAGCAUGAUAUUAUUGCCCCAUGCUCUGUCACCAGCCUGGGACCUCCCUGGGGGUCUACUCUUGUCUUACAAUCGUUGCUAACUAUUCUUAUUAUUUGUCUAUGACCUUCUUAGCCGUAGCUCUGUACGUCCUAACUUACUGUUAAAAGCAGGUCUUGUGAUGUAAACUGAUGUUCUUAACUUGCUUUCUCUAUAACAUAAAAAUGUUCUGUUUGAUAUGCCAUGAAAAUGAUUGUUACUGCAUUGCUUGCUUCAGCUGUCGUGGCGAAGUAAGCCUGUUUGCUAUCCUAAGCACAACAAAAUAGAAUUAAAAAAAUUAAAAAAG